AUGUCUCUUGCAAAGAACAUCCUCCUCUUCGGUGCCACGGGUAAUAUCGGCACAUUCAUCCUCGAUGCCAUUCUACCCGUGCGCUCCCAAUUUGGCCGUAUCGCCAUCUUCACUUCCCCGCACACAGCACAAACCAAAGCUGCGCAGCUAGAGAAGCUCAAACAACAAGGCGUCGAGGUGAUCACAGGCAAUGUCGAAGACGAAGAAGCAGUCAAGGCCGCAUAUGCAGGAAUCGACACUGUGAUUUCAGCAUUGGGUCGCAAUACCCUAGCGCAGCAGAUCCCCCUCAUUCGUCUAGCAGCUGCCAGUAAAGAUGUGAAAUGGUUCCUCCCGUCAGAAUACGGCACAGAUAUCAAGUACGGGCCUGCCUCGGCAAAUGAGAAGCCGCAUCAGCAAAAGCUGAAGGUGCGCGCGUAUCUCGAGAACGAAGUCUCACGAGAAGACCUUGCCUACUCAUACGUUGUGACCGGACCUUUUGCCGAGAUGUACCUUGACCUAGUGCCUGGGCUUGAGGAAGCAGGUGGAUGGGAUGUCAAGGCACGUAAAGCAGUAUUGCUGGGUGAGAAAGGCGCGAAGAUUAGUUUGACGACUAUGCAAGAUGUUGGAACUCUGGUUCGAAACACCCUGCUUCAUGCCACGGCUGAAACACGCAAUUCCGCGCUAUGUGUCAAUUCGUUUACUACCACCCCAGACGAGAUUCAAGCAGAGUUUGAACGCCAGCUUGGGGGUCAACCAUGGGAGGUAUCACGCACGUCUCUGGAGAAGCUGCGGGAGCUGGAGGCCGCGGCUUGGGAGGCUGGAAAGCCGUCCGCCACGGUGUUGACUUUGCGGCGGAUUUGGACGGAGGGAGGCACGCUGUAUGCUAAGCGAGCCAACACAAUUAUUGGGGAGCCGAAGGUCAUGGGUUUGCAAGAGGUUGUUGCGAAUGAAAUCGCACGGGUAUCGAAGCUGUAG